AUGUGCGACAAUUUUGUCCGACUCGAACACAAUAGAGAAAUGAUUUCCUAUGACCCUUGGGACCAGAGCUUUGAGAGUCCUAUUGUCGAUGCAAGUAUUAGAGCUAUUGGCAAGAGAAGACUCAAAACUAGAGUUGUUGGUAUAUAUUGUGACUUAUUUCGCAAACUUCGGGGAUGGGCGAGCAAACGAACACCCAUCGAGAAAGCCAUCUCGUUUACAACCAGAAUGACUGCGAGAGAUGGUACAAAAAGCCGUGAUAGUUAG